AUGUUUCAUGGCGGCAGGCCUUUAUCCCUCCGGGGGUCUCUCAAGGCCCUUGAAGCUGAUAUACACCAUGCCAACACCCUGGCGCACGCUAUACACAGGGCGUACGGGGGUGCCUGCGUGCAGAUGAGGCUCUCCUACAGCUCCAUGGCUCCAAUCAUUCUCAACCUUAUCCAAUGGAUGGAUUGCAGCUGCUCCUUGUCAUACACGCUCCCUAGUUACCUUGGACUGCUGGAGGUUCUUGUCUACAAGGUUUAUGUUGAUGAAGAUGCCUCUAUAUCCACCAUAGAAAGGAGAGCGAGCCUGAAGGAAUUCUACGCUAUCAUAUACCCUUUAUUGCAACAACUAGAGGGCAACUUGAUGGAUAAGGACUGCAAGGACAAAGGGUGGUGUAAGGAGUCUGCUGCCGGCGGUGGUCGGAAGCUUGUUGCCGAUGAUGACAGGGAGGAUGAGUGUGGUAUUUGCUUGGAGACCUGCACCAAGAUGGUCCUUCCAAAUUGCAACCAUGCCAUGUGCAUCAACUGUUACCGAGACUGGUAUACAAGAUCCAAGUCAUGCCCGUUCUGCCGCGGAAGCCUGAAAAGGGUCCGGUCCAGAGACCUCUGGGUACUUACCGGCGACGACGACGUGAUCGACACGGUGACCCUGGAGAAGGAGAACGUGAAGCACUUCCUCAGCUUCAUCGACAGCCUGCCUCUGAUCGUCCCCGACAACAUGUUGCUGGUCUACUACGACUACCUAGUCUAA